CAAUGGGCGUAACCUUAUACCACUAUCCCUUAAGUGGACCUUCCAGGGGCGCCCUUUUGGCCGCCAGAGCCCUUGGUUUAAAUAUUGAUAUAAAAAUUAUAAACCUGUUUAAUAAGGAACAAUUAACUGAAGAAUUUGUAAAGAUAAAUCCUCAACAUACAGUUCCAACACUUGUCGAUGGUGAUUUUGUUGUAUGGGACAGCCAUGCUAUAGGAACUUACCUAGCAAAUACUUACAGCAAAGACCCCAAUUUUUAUCCUACAGACCCUAAAAAGAGAGCAAUCGUGGAUCAGAGACUGUACUUUGAUAUUGGUACAAUGUAUAAGUGUAUUAGGGAUAUUUGUUUCCCAAUUCUUUUCAAAGGUGAAGAUGAAAUUUUUGAUGAGCACAAGCAACCAUUAGAAGAAGCUUUAGGGUUCUUGGAUGUGUUUCUUGAAGGGCAAAAAUUUGUUGCCGGGGACCAUCUAACUGUUGCAGAUUGCUGUUUGGCUUCAUCCGUCUCUAGCAUUGUGGCUGUUGGUUGGGAUAUAAAACCUUAUCAAAAUGUAUAUAACUGGUUACCAAGAGUUGCUGAGACUAUACCAGGGUAUGCGGAAGCAAACCAGGAGGGUGCAGAAGCAUUUGGGAAGGCUGUUAGAAGCAAACUGGCUCCUGGACAAAUCUAAGUUUUUCAAAUGCUUUUAUUUACUAAGUUUUUUGAAUACACCAAUUUUAUGAAAUUAAUUUGUUAAAAGUUUUCUUUUAAUGAGAUGCAUUUCAAGAGUUUUCCACAAACUGCAAACCCACUUGAAUCUUUAAAACUUAUUUAGGGAUCUAAGUGUGUUUUUUUAUAUGUUUUUCGAUGAAUAUAUUUUGUCAUAUUUUUUCAA